UGAUCAUAUGAUUAUAAAAUGAGAUGAUCAACAGCACUAUUUCUUUCUAAGGGAGGAUUAUCCCUUUUUUUUUUCUUGUCAUUCCUUGAAUCAUUUUCAAGCUUACCUGGUUUUUAGUUUGCAUACUUUUUCCUCAUUUGUAUAUCAUUUGGGAAACUUUUCAUUGCAUUCAUAUGAAUGGAUGCAGGAAAACUUUCCCAGAGUAUUAGGGAAUAAAUGGGAGUGUGAUUAGGUUAAGAUUACAUGUUUUGUGACAAAACAAGAAAUAAAAUAUGAGCAGUGAAUCAUCACCAGAGAAGAUAAGAUCAGGAUGUGGGCUAUUUGGGGCAGUUUUUGGAGGAACUAAGAAGUUUUGGCCUAGAAGAACUACAUCAACAGGUUCUCUCCCUAGCCAAAAUGGUAGUGUUAAUAGCAGUCCUAAGAGAAUUCCGAGUGCUGGACAUGGGUCCAAGAAGAGACGCGGAAGUUUUGAUGAUCUUGAUGCUGAUGGUUCGUCUUCUCAAGCUUCAUCCAGCCGCGGUGGUGUGCUUAAACCUCAACAGAAUGUCGCUCCUGUCAAAAACCAACAUCGACAACAACAUCAAGGUAGAAGACCGUCCUCAAAUGAGAUAUCUGUUGUGACGGCUACAAGAAGUGCAGCACCAGUACAGAAUCAGAACCAAUCGAAUGUGCAUAAUGCAAAGAAGACAGUUCCAAAAGAGGCGGUUGGAAUAUCAGGGGAAUUAGAAAUGAUGAUAGCCGAGCGUCAAAGAGAUGUAGGAGGGGCUAAUCUUGUCCGAGUUUCAUCAGGCAAUGUGAUGGUUCAUAAAAGUUUAGGUAACUUGAGGCAGCCUGGGGGGACAACUUAUACGUAUACAAAACCCACCUCAAAUAGUAAAGAAAAUCGAACAAAAAUCAAUAAUAACACAUCGAAAUAUUCGAAUAGUGGUAUGGGGAACAUUGUGAGCAAGAAACCGAUGGAGAAUGGAGGAAAAUCAUUGUCAACAGGAGGGAAUACAUCACUAUGUCGAGCAUUGUCAUGUAGGAUGGAUCCUGAAGAGUUGAAGAUUAUGGGGAAUGAAGAUUACAAGAAUGGAAACUUUGCAGAAGCCUUAGCUUUGUACGAAAGAGCAAUCGAUUUGGACCCGUCCAAGGCUUCCUACAGGAGUAAUAAGAGUGCUGCUUUGACGGCUCUUGGACGGCUUCUUGAGGCUGUUUUCGAGUGCAGAGAAGCUAUUGGGUUAGAACCUCAUUAUCACAGAGCUCACCAUCGUUUAGCUAAUCUUUAUUUGAGAUUAGGAGAAACAGAAAAGGCCACUUAUCAUUUUAAACAGGCAGGGCCAGAAGCGGACCCAGAUGCAAUGAGUCAAACGAAAGUAGUUUUAGGACAUCUGAAGAAGUGUGAGGAGGCUAAGAGACUGAAGGAUUGGCACACAGUGCUUAGAGAAUCAGGCAAUGCCAUAGCUGCUGGAGCGAAUUCUGCACCAAUGAUAUUUGCGCUGCAAGCAGAGGCGUAUUUGAAACUCCAUCGGCCACAAGAUGCAGUCACAACAUUGACAAAAGGUCCAAAUUUUGAUGUUGCUGAAUGCACCAAGUUCUUUGGUCCUGUUGGGAAUGCUAUGCUGUUGGUGAUCCGGGCUCAGGUUGAUAUAGCUGCUGGAAGGUUUGAUGAUGCAUUGGAAGCAAUUCAACUUGCAGGUAAAUUGGAUCCAUCCAACAGAGAGGUGAGCAUAGUAACACGAAGAGCUCGAGCUGUGUCCUCAGCUCGAUCUCAUGGGAAUUCCCUAUUCAAGGAAGGCAGAUUCUCGGAAGCUUGUGUUGCUUAUGGCCAAGGGCUAGAGCAUGACCCUUACAACGCAGUCUUGCUUUGCAACCGAGCUGCUUGUAGGAUCAAACUCGGUCAGUUUGAGAAAGCAAUAGAGGACUGUUCUGCUGCGCUUAAUGCUCGCUCCUCUUACACCAAAGCUAGACUAAGAAGAGCUGACUGUAACGUCAAGUUGCAAAAAUGGGAAGCUUCUGUAAGAGAUUAUGAAAUCCUAUUGCUAGAAUCUCCAGGAGAUGAAGACCUGGCCAAGGCGUAUUGCGAGGCACAAAUGCAAUUAAAAAAGCAACAGGGAGCAGAUGUAUCUAACAUGAAAUUUCGGAAUGAUGGUGUAGUCAAAAUCCAAAGUAGUGAGCAUUUCAGAAACUUCACAUCCUGGCCUGGCCUAUCAGUAGCUGUGUUCUAUAACAAGCUGAAGCCAGCUGACAGACAGGCGGUGCAAUUCAUGGAACAACUCUGCAAGUCUUAUCCAGCCAUAAGAUUUCUCAAGGUUGAGGUUGAAGAUUGCCAGAGCUUAGUGAAAUUUGAGGGAGUAGAGUCAUUGCCAGCUUUCAAUAUAUAUCGAAAUGGGUCGAAAGUUAAUGAAGUUCCUGGAGAAAAUCAGGAAUGUUUGGAAAGUAAAAUCAAAGAGUAUACAAGCUAGCAUACCUGGAAAUUUCUUUAUAGAGGAUGUUUGUCAUUCAUUCAUUUAUAUUUUUGUUCUUGUCUUUCUGAAUACAUCUUAGUGUGCACGGUUGGAGUGGCAAGAACACUAAGGAGGCAAAAGAAUUCCAUGAACUGAUAAUACAUUAUUUUUCAUGGGUAGAACCAAAAUCGGAGAAUAGUUUGAUUCAUUGCUGCAAACUACAUUGUUGUUUGUCCGACUUUAAGAAUGUAUAGAUCUCGAAAAGCCGAAGGAUAAGGUAAGGGAAGGGAAGAGUUAGCAUUAUUGCUUUCUCUAUAAUGUGGAUCAUUUUGUUUGUAUCUCUUGUUCUUUCAAUUAAUUUUAUUGAGAUUCUUAAAUGGUCUAUGCUUUUGCUUGUUCCUAUUCGGUU